CCCGGUUUAACUUUUUAUUUGUUAAAUUGCCCACUCCGGUUUAAGUUUCGAAUUUUAGAAAAAGAAAAAAAAGAAGGAAAAAUCUCAUCUGUCUCGACGACAACCACAACCACCACCACAUCAGGACACAAAGGGUUUUCUAAUUCGGAUCUGUACUUUCGCCCAUGGAUACUCGUAAGAGAGGACGGCCUGAAGCUGCUGGUUCGUUCAACUCCAAUGGCGGCGGCGGAGGAUUCAAGAAGUCUAAGCAAGAGAUGGAAUCAUAUUCAACUGGUUUAGGAAGCAAAUCCAAGCCUUGCACUAAAUUUUUCAGCACUUCUGGCUGUCCUUUUGGAGAUAACUGCCACUUCUUGCAUUAUGUUCCGGGAGGAUACAAUGCUGUAGCACAGCUGACAAACAUGGCGCCCAUGCCUCAAGCUUCCAGAAACAUGCAAGGAUCUGGUGGUGUUGGAGGAGGAGGGAGAUUCUCAGGGAGAGGAGGAGGAGAGUCUGGUCCUGGACACGUGUCUAGCUUUGGUGCCUCAGCCACUGCGAAGAUCAGCGUGGAUGCUUCGCUUGCCGGCGCCAUCAUUGGUAAAGGAGGAGUCAGUUCGAAACAGAUAUGUCGUCAGACAGGUGCGAAGCUGUCGAUUCAAGACCACGAGAGAGACCCUAACCUGAAGAACAUUGAGCUCGAAGGGACGUUCGAGCAGAUAAACGAAGCUAGCGCGAUGGUUAGGGAGCUGAUUGGGAGGCUUAACUCUGCAGCUAGUAGGAGACCACCUGGUGGUGGUGGUGGUGGACUUGGAGGUGGGGUUGGUUCUGAAGGGAAACCGCAUCCAGGGAGCAACUUCAAGACGAAGAUGUGUGAGAGAUUCGCGAAAGGAAACUGUACGUUUGGUGAUAGAUGUCACUUUGCACACGGGGAAGCAGAGCUGCGCAGGUCAGGAAUUGCCUAGUUGCUGGCGGUGGAGUUUGCUGGCAUAAGUCUUUUCUUUUGUGAUCUCUUUAAUAUCAUCUUCAUCUACUUUUAUUUUGUCUUUGUUUUAAUGAAAAUACAAUGUUUAGUUUCAUUGUCAUUGUAAGUUUUCUUUCUCUUUAUGUGGUGAUUCUUAGAAUAUGGUCUUUUUGUUUAAAUGGAGUUUGAAUUGAUGA